AUUUCGAUAAAACUGAAUUUUCAAUAAUCAAUGAUAAAUUUAUGAAUAUAACUACUAUACAAAGGGAAUCGAAAAUAUUCAUACUCUCUUCAAAUGAUUGUUUGGUGAAUUUGUUGCAAAAUAAUAAACGAAAUAUUCGUUUGGGUGACAAAAUAAUUUAUUGGAAUGAGAGAAAACCUCAUAAUAGUUUAUCAGAAAUAUUACAUGAUGCAGGAGUGGAUACGCAAACUUUACAUGAUUUUUUACCAUUAAUAAAAGUUUUAAAAGUGAAUGACGCCGCUGCCUUUACACACACAAAUCAAUCCUAUUUUGACGAAAGUUUUAUGAAUACGCGCGAAAUUUUCACAAUAGCGACGUUUGAAACUAAAUUACAUCAUGGCGAGAUAGAGUAUCUUCGUCUGGAUACUUUUGUUAUGGAGAUUUUAGCAAAAAGUAUUCAUUUACCUUACGUUUAUAUUAAGCCAACGAGAUAUGAAGGAUAUGCGGGAGUUUUUGAUCUAGUUGCUAGUGGAGAUGCUCAAAUUGUGUUGAAUUCUUGGUUUCUUGUUGAGAAAAUAGCAAUCGAAAAUAAGCCUACCGAUGUAGGGAUAAAAACUGUAGAAGAAUUUGUUAGAACCAAGAACCCAAUUUUUUGCACAAAGAACAUUGCUAUAGGGCUAAGGGAUUUGUUAGAAAAUGAUAAAUUGGGAAAGCAACUUUUGCCACGCAUAAAAACCUACUCGAAUCUCAGCGAUAAUAGCGAAGAAGAACAUAUUUUAACCAACUGUACAACAUUUGCCGUAAUCUUAGCAAGAAGUUCAGCAAGAUAUUUUUCAAAUUUGGCCAAAGAACAAGGAUUAGAUUUUUGUUAUAAUUUAAUUCCUGAGGCAGUAGUGCCCUCGAUAGUAACAUACCUUAUGGCCUAUAAAUCGCCCUUUCAUGAAAAAAUUGAUAAAAUCAUUUCUAGGAUUUUUGAAAAUGGACUGAUAGCUAAUUUUACCGCCGAUCCAAUAGUGAAAACUCAAGAAUAUAAUGAGGAACUUGAAAAAUCUGGAUUAACAACUUUCAGAGAAAGAUUACCGUGGAUUGUUUAUUUAUGUGGAAUAUUUUUGGCAACCAUUGUAUUUAUAUUUGAAGCAUUCAUUUGGCCUAAGCUUAUUGGACAAUUUAAAAAUAAAUAA